GGAUCGUCCCGAGAGCAGGCUCCUAAAGCUCUUGAGCCCACUGAUGAUGAGCUGAUGGCAUGUGCCAUGGAGGUGGACAUACCAGCCCUUUAAAAAUGAUGCAGAAGAAGUUAAGCUCAUGAGGGAGAUGGGCUGCUGCCCAUGGCAGCAGGGCUGAUGAGGCGCUACAGUGAAGCUGGAGUCCUCCCGCCGAAGCUCCUGUACGUGGACAGGGACUGCUGUUCCGGAACAGGGAGGUCCAGAGCAGCGGCCAUGUUCCACGAGUGGGAGGAGCUGGUUGUCAGGCUGGACAUGUGGCACCUGAUGCGAAGGUUCGCGGUGGGUGUCACCACUGACAGCCACCAGCUCUACGGCCUCUUUAUGGCGAAGCUCUCUGCGUGCAUCUUCGAGUGGGAUGCAGCAGAUGUGGCUCGUCUGCGGGAGGCCGUGCAGGCGGAGAUGGAGGAGAAGCAGGGCAUCGUGGGCCUCAGCGAAGAGCAGCUCAACAGCAAGCUGACGACAAAGCUGCUUGCUCGGCACUGUCGGCGCCGCACGCGCGGUGCAGAGGAGACCGAGGAGCUUGUCCAUCAGCUGCUGGAGGCUUUCCGCGACGUGACGGACACGAUGGGCGUCCCCUUGCUGGACAACGAAAGGAUGGAUGUCAUCUGGAACAACCAGCGGCAACACCUUCGUUGCAUCCAGGAUCCUCCGGGACUCCAACUUUACACUAAGACGGGCCAGCUGACCAAAGGCGGGGUUGUCCUGCCUGUGUACCGUUGCGCACGGGGCUCCACCUCCCUCGAGUCGUUCCACCUACACCUCAAUCACUUCAUACCUGGCACUUCUGCAAAUGCAGAAAACUUUCAGGCGUACCUCCUGGAAGGCUUGGUGAGGUGGAAUGAGGACUGUGCAGCGGCAGCAGCGGUAGACCAGGCAGAAGCGGUAGACCAGGCAGAGCAGGUGCUGCGGUGCUACAGUGGCCACCUGCAGCACAACCUCAACCAGCUCAGCCAACAGCUGCUCAACCGUAAGCUGGUUGAGGACUACACAAAACCUGGAGAGUACACAGGAGAGCUGAUCGGUGUCGAGUACCUCUACUCCCAGCAGUGCAAGGAGUUGAGAGAGGACAUUGGUCGUGAUCCGGAUACUCCAGAUGGCACCCCAGAUGACGAGUCGGACUGGGAGGAUGAAGGGUUUGCUGAGGCUGUUCAUUUGGGUACGGAGGAAAGUGACCCCACCAUCGUCCCGCUUUCGGUUGAUCCCCACUGCAGCCUGCUGUCCAUCCGUGCUGCGGCAGAGGCAGGAGUACCUCCUCUGUCUGAAGACGCCCCAUCUGACCCGCUCCUUCCCUCCACCCCGAAAGCGAUGUCAGGCGGGGACGAUGAUGAUGGUGGCGGUGGUGGUGAUGUUAACGAAUUCACAGGGCUUGAUGGAGCACCUGGCUACGACCGCGUGGUCAGGCUGGCCAUGUACCUGGUGGGGCUGCGUGACGAACCCUGUUUCUCCAAAAGGCAUAUUGCUGACAUCGUCGCUCUCUGGAACUCCCUGCCAGAGGCUGACAAGCGACGUGUCUCUUACUUGCCGAGACACAGGGCGUGGCUCCUCGAGGGACGGUUCAAGGCCAGCCACUCAAAGACCACCGUCAGCAGUGGGACGGAGAGCUUGAAGCGCUGUUUGCUGGGCCAAGGCACAGGGCCUGCACAGUGGCCCCACGCAAGCCGCCUCGUGGAGGCCAUUUGCCUGCAGUUGUGUGAUAUGCACCCUCGUGGCCAAAAGAUCGCCGGCUUCAGGUUAAACCGCUGGAGUGUCGUCCUGCGGGACUACGGCAGGAUCAGGAGGCUGGUCCUGAACAGUCCUGGGCUCAUGCAGGCGACAGCGCUUCAGCUCUUCGAGAUCAAUCAGCGCACACUAUCUGUGUGGUAUAAUGAUUUGCAGAAGAAGCAGGAACUGGCUGUGCUGUCUAUGGAGAUUCCAGUCCCCAACCCAAGCAUGACAGCAGCCGUCCCGUUGACCGAGCCCAGGCAGAAUGUUCCGGAGCCUGAGCACCCGAGGUCUUUUGUGUUCGCCUGUCCUCCGGAUCUGUCUGGGCAAGCUGUGCGGCGAGGACAGCAUCCAGUUCCUGAAUAUUUGCAAUAUCUGGCGCCAGCACCGCAGCCCGCACCUCUGCCCUACCCUGCGCCAGCACCGCAGCCCGCACCUCUGCCCCAUUCUACGCCAGCACCUCUGCCCCGUCCUACCACCGCAGCCCGCACCUCUGACCCACCCUGCGCCAGCACCGCAGCCCGCACCUCUGCCCCGUCCUGCGCCAGCACCGCAGCCCGCACCUCUGACCCACCCUGCGCCAGCACCGCAGCCCGCACCUCUGCCCCAUCCUACGCCAGCACCGCAGCCCGCACCUCUGACCCACCCUGCGCCAGCACCGCAGCCCGCACCUCUGACCCACCCUGCGCCAGCACCGCAGCCCGCACCUCUGACCCACCCUGCGCCAGCACCGCAGCCCGCACCUCUGCCCUACCCUGCGCCAGCACCGCAGCCCGCACCUCUGCCCUACCCUGCGCCAGCACCGCAGCCCGCACCUCUGACCCACCCUGCGCCAGCACCGCAGCCCGCACCUCUGCCCCGUCCUGCGCCAGCACCGCAGCCCGCACCUCUGACCCACCCUGCGCCAGCACCGCAGCCCGCACCUCUGCCCCGUCCUGCGCCAGCACCGCAGCCCGCACCUCUGACCCACCCUGCGCCAGCACCCGCAGCCCGCACCUCUGCCCCUCCUCGCCAGCACCGCAGCCCGCACCUCUGACCCACCCUGCGCCAGCACCGCAGCCCGCACCGCAGCCCGCACCUCUGCCCACCCUGCGCCAGCACCGCAGCCCGCACUCGCACCUCGCCAGCACCACAGCCCGCACCUCUGACCCACCCUGCCCCGCACCUCUGCCCUACCCUGCGCCAGCACCGCAGCCCGCACCUCUGCCCUACCCUGCGCCAGCACCGCAGCCCGCACCUCUGCCCUACCCUGCGCCAGCACCGCAGCCCGCACCUCUGCCCUACCCCGCGCCAGCACUGGAGCCCACACCACCUCUGCUACUGUUCCAGCCUGCACCAGCACCGCAGCCCACACCACCUCUGCUACUGUUCCAGCCUGCACCAGCACCGCAACCCACACCACCUCUACCACUCCACCCUACACCUCUGCCCCAGCAGACUGUGCCACCGCCACCAUUUCCGCCCAUCCAACUGCCACACCUUCAGCCAGUCCAUGAUCCUGAAGGGAAAGUGUGGAGCAGGACCACUCAGUGGAGGAGGAGAAAGGCAGCCGAGGCCUUGGCGAGGCAGCAGGGUCUCCAUAUACCACCUCGCGUCACCCACACGCACUACAUCUGUUCCCAGUGUGGGCAGCCGAGGACAAGGCAGUUUGGGCAUAGCAGGAUGGGAAACAGAUUUUUCUGCUCUACAGCAGAGGGGAAGACUGUGGAGGAGUGGCGGGCUGAACAGGGACAUUAAGUUUAUAAUUAUUAUGUUUUUGAUUAUUGAUAUCUGCUUAUAAAUACACAUUGAAGAUCCUCUUAUUAUUAUUAUUAUUAUUAUUAUUGCAAUCUAUCAAGUUACUUUUAUUAUUUGCUUGUGUGGUAAGUACUUUUAAAAUGUAAGCACUAUUAUAUUUACUAUUAUUACCUAUCAGGCUACUAAUGUUAUUACUUGCACUUACAUAAAUGCUAGUAAUUUAAAUGUAAGCACUUCACUAUAUUAUUAAUACUGUUAUUGUUAUACACAUGCACUAAAACUAUUAGCAUUAUUGUCUACUAAUAUAAUAAGCACAAUUGAUUCAAUUACUUAUACAUGUGUAAAUAAACAUACAACUACAUUGAUUGUGCAUUUAUAAAUGUGAACCGUAAAGCUCAAACAUAAUACAAAUAUAAGGUCAUUUAUUCUAUAUGUGGAGUUAUAAUAUGAUCAUUGAAGUGUGUUAUUGAAUGCAAAUUUGAACCAAUCAACAGCAUAUAAUGUAUAAUGUGUUUUUAUUGCUAUUAUAUUAAGCAGUGUAGUUGAAGUAUUUAUUACUGCGUUCUAAAUUCCCAUUAUAUUGAUUUGUGCUGUGUUCUCAUCUAACUGCACAAAUUUCAUGUAUAUAGCACUUCUCUUGUUUCACAGAGGAACAUUUUUUUUUUUGUCCCAUCCACUUUAUACUUGUGUAAUAAGCAGUUCUAACAAAUUAUUAGUAUUAUUUAAACAUGUUGU